UCUCAUUCUCAGCGAGUUCACUUAAAGUUUGGCUCACCUCCACCGGGCGGGCAGUUUCAGUUUUACGUUUAAUGCGAGCACAUCAACUAUGAAGCUCUACGCCUUGUUCUCCCUUCUGGUGGGAUCUCUGGCCAUUGGUCAGAUCUCCGCUGCCGGAUCCCAUCAUCUGCUGUGCUACUACGACGGCAACAGUUUCGUCCGCGAGGGCCUCUCCAAGCUGACCCUGAACGACCUGCAGCCCGCCCUCCAGUACUGCACCCACCUGAUCUACGGAUAUGCCGGCAUUAACCCCUCCAGCAACAAGUUGGUCAGCACCAACGAGAAACUGGACUUGGACCUGGGCAGCAGUCUGUUCCGCCAGGUGACGGGCUUGAAGAGCAAGUACCCAGGCCUGAAGGUCCUCCUCAGCGUGGGUGGCGACAAGGACACCGUGGACCCAGAGAACAACAAGUACCUGACUCUGCUGGAGAGCAGCAAUGCCAGGAUUCCGUUCAUCAACAGUGCCCACUCCCUGGUGAAGACCUACGGCUUCGAUGGUCUCGAUCUGGGCUGGCAGUUCCCUAAGAAUAAGCCAAAGAAGGUCCAUGGCAGCAUCGGCAAGUUCUGGAAGGGUUUCAAGAAGAUCUUCAGCGGUGAUCAUGUGGUCGACGAGAAGGCCGAGGAGCACAAGGAGGCCUUCACCGCCUUGGUUCGCGAACUGAAGAACGCCUUCCGUCCCGAUGGCUACAUCCUGGGUCUCAGUGUCCUGCCCAAUGUCAACUCCUCCCUUUUCUUUGAUGUCCCUGCCAUCAUCAACAACUUGGACUACGUGAACCUGCACACCUACGACUUCCAGACCCCGGAACGCAACAACGAGGUGGCCGACUUCCCGGCUCCGAUCUACGAGCUAAACGAGCGCAACCCUGAGUUCAACAUCAACUACCAGGUGAGGUACUGGACCGGAAACCGUGCUCCUGCUGCCAAGAUCAACGUGGGCGUUGCCACCUACGGCCGUGCCUGGAAGCUGACCAAGGACUCUGGACUAACCGGACUGCCGCCAGUGGCCGAGGCUGAUGGCGUGGCUCCUGCCGGAACUCAGACCCAGAUCCCCGGACUCCUUAGCUGGCCUGAGGUAUGCGCCAAGCUGCCCAAUCCUGCUAACCAGCAUCUGAAGGGCGCCGAUGGUCCCCUCCGCAAGGUGGGCGAUCCGACCAAGCGUUUCGGCAGCUAUGCCUACCGCUCCGCCGAUGACAGUGGUGAGAACGGCGUGUGGGUGGGCUACGAGGAUCCCGAUACGGCGGCCAUCAAGGCCGAGUAUGUAAAGCGCGAAGGACUCGGCGGCAUCGCCGUCGUCGAUCUGAGCUUCGAUGACUUCCGCGGCGGCUGCACUGGCCACGACAAGUUCCCCAUCCUGCGCAACAUCAAGAGCAAGUUGUAGGACACCUCCUCCUCCUCCUCCGUAUCCUAGUUUGGACAAGAAGGACACACAUGUUUAUUCCCACACUGUUUUUUUUUUCUUCUGUAAUUGACUCAACUCAAAUCUGUGUAAUCGCGAAAUGCAAAUUAUUGUAACAUUGACACCAAAAA